AUGGAAAUGACAAAACCUGGUUAUGUUGUUGUUUGUGUUAUUCUUAUUUGCGCUAUCGUCAAUGGGGGUUCAGAGAGGAAGAGAUGGAAACAUGAGGAUUUUAAAAUGGAUCAUGAUGGAGAAAAGGAUGAGUUGAGUUUGUUUGAUCAGGUGACACAGGCAGAGCAGGUGUGGGGAUAUUGUAGAAAAGAAGUGAUAGAGAGGAGUUAUGGCAUCAAAGAAUUUGACUUGCAUUUAUUAGAUGAGACGAGCGGGAAGAGAUUUAAAUAUCUACCUCCCCAUAUGAGACAACACUUUUUGGAUUGCUUAAGAAAGAGAAAUUAUCCUAUUCCUGUUUCGGAAGAGGAGGGACAUUUGUUGAAGAAACUUUAUGAGUCACUAUUUGGUUUAGCAGAUGGACAUAAAUAUUUACUUUCAGAGUCACUAAUUAAUCAGACACCACCGAGCCCUGAUUCUGAAUCAUCUCCAAAACUGAAAAGUCAUGUUGCAGCACAAACCACUUCUUCACCUCCAACUCCCGAGUUUUCGUUUCAUGAUUUUGCACUCCCCCCGAAAUUGUUUGUGCCAUUUUUAUCACCACCUCCUCCUCCUCCUCCUCUUCUUGCUACUUUUGAUCAGAAAGAAAUUGUUAUGGCUGUAGUUGCAUCAGGAAUUGUAAUCUUAAUAGGCUUUUUGUUAUGCUGCCGCGAGGUGAGGAAGCGCAAAAAAGUUGACAAAGAUGUCAGGCCUUUACUCAUAUUAACCUCAAGCGACAUGUCUGGUGGCAGUUCACAACAGUCUAUGAGUUUCGAAAAUAAUGAUAUGAAAGAAUAUGGUAUUAACUACGGAAUGAAUCCUUCUACUGUUAAGACUUCGUCCAAUAAGCAUGAAGACAACAAUGCUUCACUGGCUGAGAUAGCAUCAUCGGAUAACAAAGGACAAGUACCAGUAUCUCCAUUAAAACACCCUUCAGGAAGAUCAGCCCCUGAGGCUUCACUGCCGCCGCCUCCACCACCUCCUCUUGCACCUUGCAGUCCACCUCCACCACCUCCUCUUGCACCUCGCCCUCCACCUCCUCCAAGAAUGGUUCGGCCUCCACCUGCUCCUCCCAAAUUAAUGGAAGGUCAAAACCUUAAAUCACCUCUAGGACCACCUCGUGCUAGUGAUGAUGAUGAGUCUGGUGCUCCAAAACCGAAGUUAAAGCCAUUUUUCUGGGAUAAGGUUGUAGCAAGUCCUGAUCAAGCCAUGGUCUGGCAUGAGAUCAGAGCAGGGUCAUUCCAGUUCAGUGAAGAAAAGAUAGAGUCUUUAUUUGGCUGCGCCAACAGAAAUGAAAGAAAAAAAGAUUCUUCAUCUUUAGAACCUUCUGUCCAGUACAUUCAGAUUAUUGACCCCAAGAAAGCUCAGAAUUUAUCAAUUCUUUUACGUGCUUUGAAUGUGAGCACAAAAGAAGUUAUUGACGCCAUUAAAGAAGGUAAUGAGAUUCCCGUUGAGCUCAUCCAAACAGUAUUGAAGAUGGCGCCAACAACAGAUGAGGAAUUGAAGCUAAGGUUAUUCACGGAUGACGUUUCUCGACUUAGCUCUGCAGAGAGGUUUCUCAAGGCCUUGGUUGAUAUUCCACUGGCUUUCAAACGUCUUGAGUCACUACUAUUCAUGUUUACACUUCCGGAAGAGGCUUCAAACCUUAGGGAAUGCUUUACAAUAUUAGAUGUUUCUUGCAACAAACUAAGGAAAAGCAGGGUUUUCCAAAAGCUAUUAGAAGCAGUUCUAAAGACUGGAAAUCGAUUGAACAAUGGAACCUAUCGUGGUGGUGCUCAAGCAUUUAAGCUUGACACACUUUUGAAACUGGCAGAUGUAAAAGGAACAGAUGGUAAGACCACACUGUUACACUUUAUGGUUCAUGAGAUCAUUCGUUCAGAGGGCAUAAGAGCUGUAAGAACAGAAAAAGCAAGCCAAAGCCAUGCUAGUAUGAAAACCGAGGAUUUCAUCGAUGAAUCAAAGGGGGAAUCAGAAGAGCACUAUCGCAACCUUGGCCUUCAAGUUGUUUCAGGCCUAAGCACUGAACUAGAAGAUGUGAAAAAGGCAGCAGUGAUAGAUGGUGAUGCUCUAGCAUCUACAGUGUUGAAACUUUAUAAUAGAUUGGUAAAAUCUGAAGAACUGUUGAAUAAGGAUAUGAAGAAUCUAGAAGAAGAUAGCGAGUUUCAACGUUCCCUUGCAAUUUUUGUGGAGAAGGCAAGAGAGGAAGUGGUAUGGUUAAUAGGGGAAGAGAAGAGGAUAAGGACCGGGAUUAAGAGUACUGCAGAUUAUUUUCAUGGGAAUUCCGGAAAAGAUGAAGGGUUGCGUUUGUUUGUGAUUGUACGUGAUUUCUUGGUAAUGUUGGACAAAGUGUGCAAAGAGGUACAAGCAUCGACAACGAAGACAUUAGCUGCCAAAGGUUCUACUUCUAGCAAGAAAGAGGCUCCUUCAUCCUCUCCAGAUUCUCAUAAACAAUCACUCUCUGAUAUGCAUAGGAGACUAUUUCCAGCCAUAGCAGAGAGGAGAAUGCAUGACUCUAGUUCCUCGUCCUCCGAUGAUGAUGAUGAUGAUGAGAUGUUACCAACGUAG